AUGGCCACUCAGCGUGAGCCUGGUCCCGGUCCCAUCCGUAAAAGGGAGUGGACAUCUAUAGCGGCGAAGUACCUUGCAGGCCGACGGGUGAUCCUUCACACGGACGGAGCUCGCGCAUACAAGCUCAAGGUGGAUCAGGUCGUUCACUGCAACGUCGUGCACAAGAAAACAAAGGUCAAGAAAAACGGGAAGGUGUAUUGGGAGAAGCCCAGGUACACCAAGAUCUAUGAUCUCAUGCUACCAACAGGGCAAAAGUUCAAGGUCACGAGCGGCACCCAGAUCAUCGAUCGAUGUUGGCGUCAUCUCCGUUCCCAUCUCCAGUACACCGCAAGGGCACCAGGCAAUCCCAUUAUGACUCGCAAGAUGCGG